AGUAGAAACACGGCAGAGGGAGACAAGCAGUUGCUUGAGAGGUCGCUUUGCCUUUCCAAGCUAGUGUAUCUAUCUACCCGGUAUCACUGAUUUUUUUUUUCAACGGGCAGAGAAGCUGGCAGGAUUGCGGAAUUGCACAAGGGUUCUAAUGACAUCUGGAUCGGCGGUGGAGUUGGUCACGCCUGCGCUCGUAGAGUAGCUAGCCAACUAGCCACCGCUGUAACUUCUUUUUUUUCCCAGUAGCGGUGUGAGUCGUUGCUAGCAAUGGAUGCGCUGUGGAUGGUCCUGCUGCUGGUGGUCCCAGCACUACUAUUGACCAGCAGCACGUUUGUUUUUUAUUUUAAAAAGUGUUUCUACGUGGCGUAUAUGAUGAUACUGGGUGUAAUAGCAAUACCACUCAGCAUCCUGAAAAGCGGUGGUAGGGAUAUUGAAAACAUGAGGAUCAUUCGCUCCCUGGUCCGUCAUGUGAAGUACUUCCUGGGUCUGCGCUUUGAGGUGAGUGGCUGGGAACACCUGCAGACAGAGGGACCCUACGUCAUCAUUUCCAACCACCAGAGUUCCCUGGACGUACUGGGUAUGAUGGAGGUCCUGCCCGACCGCUGCUCCAUGAUCGCCAAGAAGGAGCUGAUCUACGCCGGCACGGUGGGCCUGGUGUGCUGGCUGGGCGGCAUCGUCUUCAUCAACCGCAAAAAGACCAGCGAUGCCAAGAGCGUUAUGGCUGAUGCUGCCAAAACCAUGAUGGAUGAGAAGAUUCGCCUGUGGGUGUUUCCUGAGGGAACGAGGAACCAGAAGGGAGACCUGCUGCCUUUCAAGAAGGGAGCGUUCCACCUGGCUGUGCAAGCACAGGCCCCCAUCAUACCGAUCGUGUUUUCCUCCUACAGCAAAUUCUACCUGCGGAAGGAAAAGGAGUUCAAGUCAGGCACUAUCACUUUGAAGAUCCUGCCCAAGAUCGAGACCAAGGGACUGACCACGGACGAUGUGUCGACGCUGACCGACCAGUCGUACGCCAUCAUGCGCUCCGCCUUCCUCGAGAUCUCUGGCCCUGGGAAGCAGAGCAACGGGCCGUCCAGUCACUGAACAUUCCGCUGCCCCCCCAGACCCUCUGACCCCCCCCCCCCCUUCUCUCUCUUCCCUCGUCCCCUCCCCCUGUUCCCUCUGCCUACCUAUCACCCUGGCAACGCCGAGAACCUCUGCAGUGACUCAUGACUCCAUAGUCAUGGUGACAGUAAUGACUGUAACCGAAAUUGCUUUCGAUGUCCUAUCUUUUGGUCUUCUUGACAAAGGAUCGUACACACACACACACACACACACACACACACACACACACACACACCCUCUCACACACACACAUACAUGCACACCUUCGCACAGAUAAAUAACUUAAGCCUCUCUAUCCUGUUGCUUCAUGGACUCAUGAAUAUGGGAGGGGAGGUGAAGGGGUUGAGAUGAUGUCACUUCCCACAUGGAAGGGGGGGAGGGAAUGGGGGCCGGCCAAGCGGUGACCCCCGACCUCUAAAAAACGCUCUGCUUCCUGGUCCGACUCGGCACCGCCGCAGGUCGAGGACCAGGAGCCCCCGUGGGAUCGUGGGAGUUGACGGACGACACCCCUGUACUGCAUGCCUUCCUCUGCCAUGCCGCCUUCUGCCCAGUGCUCAGCUUCAGCAGCUUUAUUUUGUGUAUUUUUUUAUUAUUAUUAUUGUUUUGUUUCAAGUUGUUGAUGUUGUUGUUUUUUGUUGUUAUACUUUCUAUUCGCUUUUUUGGUUGUUAUUGUGCUUUGGCCAAUUUGCUCACAUCUCCUGUAGAUGAAGCACCAACUGUCUGAGAUCCAGCCUCCGCCUUACAGUAAUGAGCGCGCGCGCGCACACACACACACACCCGUACCCAUACACACACACUCGCACACAAAGUUCACACACAAUACUCAUACGCACACGGAGAGAGAGAGAGAGGAAAGGCUUCCAAGUUUCAUGCGUGAGUGGAAAACACAUGCGCACACACACACACACACACACACACACACACACACACACUCUUCUCCGACACUGCUCCUCUGAACUAAUGUACCAUGUAUCCAAUGUUGAACAUUGAUGGUGUAAAACUAUGAAAAUUAUUUAUACUGCUGACAUCAAAUUUGAUAUCUCAAAUCUGCUGUUUUUCUUCAGACGGUGAAGUGAGACAGCGUGCGGUGGACAUGCUGUUUCUCUCUCUAUAAAUGUAUUAUUUUUCUUCAUGCGUUUCUAUGUCUGUGAAUCCCCAUUCACAAACACAAAAAGGUGUCAAAAAGGUGUUUUCCAUGAAGUGCACUGUUCUGCUAUACACUCGUAUGAUGGAGUCAGAAUUCCAGUUACACGAAUGUCCACAAAGAACCAGUUCUAGUCCUGUAUGCUAAAAGCUUGUUGUUGUUUUUUUUAAUAUGUUUUGUUUGUUUUGCUAGAAGUUUCGGUUAUGUUCUUUUGUUGUUAAUUUAACGAGUGUUAAUUUGUUGAGAUUCUAAAGGAGAGUUAAUUUAAGGAGACGUGAUCUUUGUGAAAAGUCUUUUGUUGCAUGUGGUCUGUGUGUAUGGGACUGAAAAAGGCGCUGAUCAUGAACAGCCAAAAAGUUGAACUAGUUUCUCACAAGCCUUGGUUCAUGUAGAUCUUUCAUUGAUGAUUAUAGAAGAAGACCUCAAACUCUUCACACUUGUAGAUCUUGAGUUGAUUGUGAUUGGUGGAGAGUAGGUCAUGAUGGCUAGACACAUUUUUUCCUUUUUCGUUUUUGCUUCUGAUUGGUUGAGACACUGGGUGUGAUCACACCAGAUUGUCAUUUUGGGGCUGUAAAGCUAUCAUCGUAAUUGAUUAAAAUUGCUUUAUUAGAGGCACAUGUGGAUUAAUGAUCAACAGCAUCUGGUAUUGACAUCUGUAUUCUAUACAGAUGAUGAGUUGUUAAUGUAUAGGCCUUCCAUCCGAGCUAUAGGUGGAGCUUCAGCCGCAGUUAUGUUUUACAGGGUUUUUUGGAUGUUUUGUGCACAGUCGUUUUGAUUGGUCAGAAGUAAAUGUGUUUUAAAUUUAGUGUUUUAAAAAUCGGAAUAGCUAGCAGCUCACUGUGAGGUUCUGCCAUGGUCCUCUGCUUCCUCAGCCAAGCUUCACUCAAUGUCUGUUUAAACUGUCGAGAAUGUAUCUCAACAUCUGAUGAAGUCUGUGCAUGAGUGUGUGUGUGUGUGUGUGUGGGAGAGAGAUCGGACAGAGUGAGAAUGUAUUUUAUUAUCUGUGUGAGUGUAUGUGUAUGUGAUCUCAUGUUCUUGCUUCUUGAGACACACAGGCAAUUUUUUUCAUGAAGCCAUUUCAUUUCAGCUCUUUCCCUUGGUGUGGUGGUAGAAGGUAGUUUGGCCUGCUUGUCCCUCACCCGUGAAGGAGUUAUCUCAACUUCGUGAUGAGGGACAGAGGUUAUGGUCAGUCAGUCAUCUCUCCUUGAGGAAGUUUGUAAUAUUUGAAAAUAUAUAUAUAAAUAUAUAGAUAUAUAUUUGUGAAUUAAAAAAAAAAAAAAAGUUCACAUCUUUUGAAUGUUGUGGCAUCCUAAAAGUGUCUAAAGCAACUCAUUUGUGCUGUUUGCCCAGUGCUCAGAUGCAGUUUAAGUCUUUCCAUCAUGUGGUUUGCUACAGACCUACUUGACAGAAUUAUGGCGGUGACAAAUGAUGUGUUUUUUUCUUCAGCUCAUAGGCGAGAAAUUUUGGAGUCAUUCAGGUCUUGGAUCAGUUUCAGUGGGAGAUUUGUGAAUGAAGUCGUGUUAAUGUUUAUUCAUCACUUCUAAACCCUUAAGCUCUUAAGUACCCCUUAAUUAAGGCUAUCUGGAUGUAGGCAGUCUUGGUGAGGCUAUGUCCAAGUCUAUCCUUAUGGUUGUGAGUGAAGUGGCAGUGUGCAUUGUACUAAUUAAAUUCUAAUUAAAUUAUAAGUUUGACUCCCCAGAUAUUCAUAUCGGCCUCAGUAUACAGAUUAGGCAUUACAUUAAUUAAUAUGUAAACUCCUGAUAUAUAUUAACAAAGCACUUUUAGCAUAGAAUUUGGAUUUAACAUUAUUUAAAGGGAAAAUUGUAAUGUGGCAAAACUGUAAAUUAUGAUUUUUUUUUUUCACCAAAGCUAUUAAAGUGUACACUGGUGGAAGCUUUAGAUUUAUUAUGGAAAAAUAAAUAAAUAAAUGCAAAAAUGUGAAAAGUGUCUAUCUGACAUCUUACAGAUCUUCAUGUGUGGGAACUUGUGUGUAUGUGUGGCCCAUGAUUUGUGUGUGUGUGUGUGUGCGUGCGUGUGCGUUUUAAGUUUGCACAUGCAAACACAUGAAUUAAAAAAAAAAAAAUCCCAUUGUAGAGUCUGGUUCUAUUUAAGAUGUAGUGUUCUGGAAUGGCACAGAAUCUGGAUUCAACCUGUCUGAAGAAUGCCUUGGGAAAGAAAGAAAAUAAAUUUCAUUCUUUUUUCCUACAAA